UUUUAUUUUAUUUUUUUCUUCGUUCUCCGCCCGGGGGUGUUGGGGCCCUGGCGUCCUCAUCCCUGGUGCUUGAAUUCUUCUCCAUCAUCUCUUCUCCUCUUUGAUCUUCUCCUUUGUCUCUCUCUUUCUCUCCGUCAUGCAUAGAUCGGGGGUGGCGAUGGCAUGGAACGUCUUCAGGUUCUGCACGGCCUUGCGGGGACUCGGCUCUGUCAUGAUCCUGCUUGUCCUCGCCUUGAUCGGCGUCACCUACUAUUCCGUCGUCAUCGCCAACUACGGCCCCGCCCUCUUCAACGCCGCCUUUAGCUCCUCCUCCCUCGUCGCCCUCGCUGUCCUCAUCGUCUUCCAUUCCCUGUUGGUGAUGUUGCUAUGGAGCUACUUCUCAGUGGUCUUCACUGACCCUGGUAGCGUGCCGCCGAAUUGGAGGCCUGAUGUGGAUGAGGAGAGGGCAGAGAUUCUCCCAUUGGCUAGUUCGGAGUUCAGUAGCCCGAUAUUGAGCUUACAGCAAUCUGAAGCUCUUGCAGAAGCUGGAAAUCCAAGGAUUAGGUAUUGCAGGAAGUGUAGCCAGUUGAAGCCACCUCGAUGCCAUCACUGUUCUGUUUGUGGGAGGUGUGUGCUGAAGAUGGAUCACCACUGUGUUUGGGUUGUGAAUUGCGUUGGUGCUUUGAACUAUAAGUUCUUCCUCCUUUUCCUGUUCUACACAUUUCUUGAGACAUCCCUUGUCACCCUAUCAUUAUUGCCGCAUUUUAUUGCCUUCUUUAGUGAUGGGGAAAUUCCUGGAACACCUGGAACACUGGCAACUACUUUUCUCUCUUUUGUGUUGAAUUUGGCAUUUGCAUUGAGUGUUCUUGGGUUUUUAAUCAUGCACAUGUCUUUGGUUGCUGGUAAUACCACAACUAUUGAGGCAUAUGAGAAAAAAACAACUCCAAAAUGGAGGUAUGACCUAGGCCGGAGAAAAAAUUUUGAACAGGUAUUCGGGAUGGAUAAGAAGUACUGGUUCAUUCCCGCAUACUCAGAAGACGAUAAGAGAAGAAUGCCAGCUCUUCAGGGCCUCGAGUAUCCAUCGAAACCUGAAUCAGAUGCACAGCCAUUCUGACAGGCCGCAAUACAUUUAUGUUCUCACCCACACCGGCAACAUGACACAGCCAAUGCUUGUGAACAAAAACAAGAAAUCAUUUUAGUAAUCAUACUCAUCAGCAGUGCAAAGAAGGCUACAGAAUAGGAAGCAAAUUAAGUACCAGGUUUAAUACAUUCACUCUCCCCAACCAGUGUAUAGGCUGUAUAGCAAGGACUGUUGUGUGUGUGCACUAUUUAAACUAUCAACUCGUUGUGCUAUGUUUUGAUCAAGGGAUGUAUAACAGAACUUUUUUUAAAAAAAUAUUUUCAACUAAGAAACCUCUUUGCCAAAAA